UCCCUGUCCCUGAAGACCCUGAUCGAGUUUGAGAUGGAGGCGCUGCUCCCGAGCUCCAUCUCGCCAAAGAUCAGCACCAUCCUCCAAUCCCACGUCUACCCGCGCGUCGGCCGCGUCCUGCGCGCGCUCGCCAGGUUCAAGUCCUUGCUCCUCGACGCGCUCGGCGAGACCAAGAGGGGCGCGCGGGCCAAGAAGAGGCGCGCCAUCCGCUGCCGCUCGAGGAAGAGGAGCAAGCAGGUAGCCAGCGUCUUCACGAAGCCGCAUCUCGCCUGGCCCGGCGGAUUGUCGUCGUCGCCAGCUCGGGGAGCGGCGGCGCUGGACGCGAGCUACCACGUGUACCCGUCCUUGGAGUCGGCGUGGAACGCGGCGGUGGUUCCGGCGGGUCCCGCCGGGGACGGGACGGCGGCGGCGGCCGAGUACUGUGGGUACCUGCGCUGGCUCGAGGAGGAGAUGCCGCCGGAUGAUGUAAUGGUCGUCGAAGAAGAGGAUGACGAGGAGGAGGAAGACGUCGACGGCGGCGGGAAUGAGAUCGACAUUCUAGCGGAGAAGUUCAUCGCGAGGUGCCGCGCCAACUUCUUGCUGGAGAAGCAGGAGUCGUACGACCGGAGGUGUCAGGAGAUCAUAGCCAGGAGCAUCUGAAGCCCGUAGACACUUGAUGCAUACGGGCGGCAUGCAUCAGGAUGCAAAUGCAAAUUAGAAAAUUUGUUUUCCCGAUCUGAAUAAAUUCUGUGCAAGUCUAGGUAGAAUUCGAGUUAUGUCGAGCCAGCGGCGAGG